ACUUCAAAUCAAGCUUUCUCCAUAAUUCUUAGUACAACCUAUCUUUUAUCUUUCUUAUCCUCUGUUUUUUUUUUUCCCUCUGUAUUUCAAGUUAUACAAUCAUAAACCUAAGUUUUAAAAGAACUCCAUAUGGUAUAUUUCAUUUACAAGUUUAUACCCUUUGUUUAUUUACUUUGAUUUUACUCGCCGGAGACUGGUUUUCCGGCCGCCGUCGUCGUAUCAUUGGCUUUUUCACCUUCUGGCCUUCCCCAUUAGAUUUGAUCUUUUUUUUCCCCCUUUCAUUUUAAUGGGGUUUGAGUUGAUGGGACCGGUUUCUCAGUUUAUGGGUAUGAAUUAAAGAAGGUUGACUGGUAGAUGAGACAUAAAAAAGAGAGAUAAAAACCUAGAAGAAAAAACCACCCCGCCGCCGGCAAAACUCUAAAUCAAUUUUCCGAUACUCAAGAUGCUGACAGACUUAGAAAAUUCAACCGAAGUCAGUAUCUCCUCCUCCGGAAAUCAACUUCCGCCGCCCAAAUCCGCCGUGAAAAAAAAGCGUAGUUUACCUGGAAUGCCAGAUCCGGAUGCGGAGGUAAUUGCUCUGUCUCCGAAGACUCUUUUGGCUACAAAUCGAUUUGUGUGUGAAAUUUGCAACAAAGGGUUUCAAAGAGAUCAGAAUCUUCAACUUCACCGACGAGGUCAUAAUCUUCCAUGGAAACUCCGGCAACGGACAAGCAAAGAGGUGAAAAAGAAAGUCUAUGUCUGCCCGGAACCGUCAUGCGUCCACCACCAUCCGUCGAGAGCUCUCGGCGAUCUGACUGGAAUAAAGAAGCACUUCUGCCGGAAGCACGGCGAGAAGAAAUGGAAGUGUGAAAAGUGCUCUAAAAAAUACGCCGUCAAGUCCGAUUGGAAGGCCCAUUCUAAGAUUUGUGGAACCAGAGAGUACAAGUGCGACUGUGAGACUGUGUUUUCGAGAAGAGAUAGUUUCAUCACUCACAGAGCGUUCUGUGAUGUGUUGACGAAGGAAGUUGCCGGAAGUUUGUCUCCGGCAGCGGCGGAGAUUCCUAAUUUGGAGUCCGAUCCUCAAGUUCAGCGACCGUCGGGUAGCUCGUCUCCGCCGCCUUCUGCUCCUCCUCUUCCCGCCGGUACCGCUCCCGUCCCAGUAGCCCUCCCUCCAUCCACUGACACGAUAUCAUCAAUCGCGUCCAUUGAGAAUAAAGCCUCACCGGAAAAUCCUCCGCCGCCGCUUGGAGAGGCACAAGACAGAACGAGCCUAACUGGAAACUCCGGCAGCAGCAACACCACAAUCAGCAGCACCAAUGCUACCGUAUUGGCUAGCUUGUUUGCUUCCUCUGCCGCAUCACUGAGCUUACAGCCGCCGCAGCCGCCAGCAUUUUGCGACUUAUUACGAGCCAUGGCGCGGCCCGAUCGAGCGACUGAAAUUGCACCGCCUUUGGUUUUUGAACCUCUUUCUCUGUGCCUAUCGACCGACACUGAUUCGUCCCUUUUCAGAGCCGGAAUCCAAGAUUGCCGCCCGUAUGUCCCACCGACGCCGCCGGCCAUGUCCGCCACCGGACUCCUACAGAAGGCCGCUCAAAUGGGCGCUGCGGCGGCGGGCGCAUCAGUGUUUCGUGGACUUGGUUUAUCGUCCUCCCCUUCUUCUGCACAACAGGGGAGUUUAUAAAUUAGUGGACCGGUGACCGGAAAGGCAAGCCUCCGCCCCCACAUGGCGGCAGAAUCGUCAUUUUGUUGAAAAGUGGCGGCGAUUGUUCGCUGUCUAAGGUUACAGAACAACUAUGAAAUAAAAUAUGUUCUAAAAAAUGGAAUUUCUAUAUGUUUUUCGAUUGAA